AUGGAGGAGCAGUCUGAGCAGUAUCUCCAGGAUGAGAGCGGCCUGAAUGGGAAGAAUCAGGACUCCCGAGUGUACAGCUGCCUCUACUUCCUCUUGGCCUUUGGACUGGGGCUGCUGCCCUCAGGCUCUCUCCUGGAUGUGGCCUUCCUCCAGGCUGUGCACAAGAAAGUCAACGUCAUCCCUGUAGUUGGCAAAGUAGAUGCCCAGGCUCUCAAACAGAAGAUUCGGGACCAGCUGAAGGAGGAGGAGAUCAGCAUCUACCAGUUCCCAGAAUAUGACUCGGAUGAGCAUGAAGAGUUCAAGAGGCGGGACUCGGAAAUGAAGGAAAGCGUCCCUUUCGCGGUCGUGGGUUCCUGCGAGGUGGUGAGGGACGGGACGAGGCCUGUGAGGGAACGCUGCUACCCCUGGGGCACCGCGGAGGUGGAGAACCCGCGCCACUGCGACUUCCUAAACCCGAAGCAGGUGCUGGCUCCCACCAACCUGCACGACCUGAAAGAGGUGACGCACGAGCUGCUCUACGAGGGCUACCGGCCGCGCUGC